AUGGCAAGCGUCAACCCUUUUGUAGCAACGUUUGACCAGGAUACUCUUCAAAACGCAUGGAAUGCGAUCGAUGCUGGAGACAUCUCGGAAGGGAAAGUGUACUGGAAGUUAGAGGCGGUCAUUUCGGCAGCCCAAAAGCAGCAGCGGACAAGCACCAAUGGCGAUGCUGAUCAUGACGAAGAGUCCCGCCCAAAGGACACACUUCUUGAACACCUAAAGGAAUUUCUCGACUGGGGCGACUCCGUAGAUCUCAGUCGCUUUUUAAUCCUCUCUGAAGCAGUCAAGGAGUACCAAAAGUCUCUCUCACGGAAUGACCCAUCAAAGAAACGUUCGAAACCUCUCCCAGGCUCAGGAACUCCGAGGUCGGCUCCGUCAGCUCGAGACCAAAAAGAAGAGGACGGCGACCAAAGCAAUGGCUCCGGAAAGAUACGCCAAGAUCAUCCUGCCUACAAUAUAGCGCUGGCAAUGUGUCAGGUCGAUCCCACUCUACCUUUUACAUCGUCCAAGGAACCCACUCUAUCUUCUAUAUCGUCCAAGGAAGAAGAAAUGCCACCGUUCCAUAUCGCAGCAGAUGCGGGGCUCACUCCGUUCGUGCAGAUCAUGCUACGUGGACUGGGUAACGAUCAAGAAAGCAUCACUGAACAUGUUUCCCGCAAGUAUCAGGGGAAAACAGCGCUCCGUAGGGCAGCGACAAGUCCCCAUUUAGAUGUCCUCAUGUUGUUUCGAGACAAGUAUGCGAAUCUCAUAGAUAUCGAGAGUAUCAUCUUCACGAUACAGAAGACCGGUCCUAAAGAUGAAGGAAAGGCAGACGCUUUUCUAAAGGCUUUCGAACUCCUCGCACAGGCCAAAUGUGUUUUCAAGCCGGAGGGCACCCCGUACGAUGACAAGAUAUGGAAAAGUGCCACCGAGGUCGGUUCUGCGAAAGUUUUGAAAUGUCUUCUUCAAUCCGAUUGGCACGACAAGUUCGCUACGUACAAAAAUGCCAGGCUAGUCAUCGAGAGUGGGGAUUUGUCGUUGUGGAAACUGUUCAGCAAAGACACUCGGAAGACCUUCAUGAGGAACUCUAAGUGUGACUUCUUGCACGUGGCGGUGCAGAACCGGAGGCAGGAUAUGGUGGCCGACUUGCUAAAAGAAUUCCCAGAACAAGUUGUAGUGAAGGCUCCUAAGUAUCCUUUGGAGCAUCUGUCAACAAAAGACAGUAGCAAGGACGAUGUCGCCUUUAGUACUAUUCGUAACGACCUCAUGGCUGCUAUGAUAUACGACAGAGACUUGAGCAUCCAGCAUAUUCGCAAAAUCCUAAAAGACUCUAAAAGGAAAGGAAUGUGCCUUCAUCUGACCUCGAUGGACACCUCGGAGCGCAAUUUCUUUGACUACGUGCAGUUUCUUAUCUCUUCCGAGAAGAUGCAAAGGCCCUUCUUCAAAUUUGAGAGCGUGCUCAAGUAUGCUGCGUUCCCCAAUCUCAGAACCCCAUCCUGCCCCAACAAUGCGUUGCCACUCAAAAGUAAGCACCUUGACCACAAGGAGAUUCAAGAUGUGUAUGAAUGGUUGAGACGUCGAAACGUCACCAAGGUAAUGGAAGUUUCGGUCCCCGACCGACUCGACGAUCCCCACUCGGACGAUGUGGUAGCCGAGUGCAUAAAUGGGUGGGACACUAGGAUUCUCAAAUGGAAAAAGCUGGAUCUCUAUCUCGGUAACCUCUAUAAGGGGGACGAAGAUAAGCUAGAAGAGCUCGAGCUCUAUAGUAGUGGUAACCGUUCAGUGCAUGAUCAGUGGUAUCAGCAGCUAGAGCGCUUCAAGAAGGACGUGAUGAGCGAUGCCCGGGUAGAACUGGUCAAGAAGGAGCUUGAAGAUAGACUAGCUCAGGUAAAGGAGCGCUUAGUCGAAAAAAAGAAGAAGCGCUCAGAAGAACAGCAAGAGAAGCCCUCGGAAGAACAGGAUGACGACCCUGACGAUCAGCCAUUCACACUGGACAGCUGCUUGUGGGACAGCAACCUGUCCUAUGCUGUUCCGACCAACCUCGAAGAUAUUGCGGUGCAGACAGCCUGGCCGACACUCGAUGCAUUCACUCAGGCUUUCAAAAGUUACCCAGGCAGUAACAAGGCUCGCAAAACAAAGGUUGCAAUCAUAGAUAGCGGAGUGGUAGUUUACGGGGGCCUGAGCGAGAUCAACUCCUCGAGCAGUGCAAGCCCCGGUCAGGACCUUGCCCAUAGGAUUGUCGACGGGGUGUCACUGGUGAGCAGUGGCAACUCGGAGGAGCCGUUCUGGCACGCCACUGAUCCGCACGGCACGCAGAUGGCAAAGCUGAUUAGCUCCAUCAACCCGUUGUGCGAGCUUUACGUGAUUAAAGUCACCGAGACCAGAACCGCCGGAGUAUCGGCGAACAACGUUGCUGCCUCUACCAAUGCUCACCACCACCAGGCCAUCGAGUGGGCGCGAGAGAAGAAGGUGGAUAUCAUAUCGCUCAGCCUCGUGGUGUACCAGGAUAGUGACCAGAAUCUGGCACACCAGAUCAACUUAGCCAAGGACGAGGACAUUGUGAUACUCUCGAGCACGGCCGACGGCGGCAUGCGCAAGGAGAACACAACAACGAGCGCCGACAAGUCAGCCCACAUAGAGGUUAUCAAUAUUGGAGCCUCGGACUGGAACGGCAACCUGCUCAAUGAGAGCCAGAAGGCGGGCUACGACUACUGUAUGGUGGGACAAAACGUUCCCGUCGGCCUUGUGCCGUUCCUCAAGUCUCGCGAGGUCGUCACCGGGAGCUCCGUGGCGACGGCGCUCGCUGCGGGUUUGGCCGCGUUGAUCGUGGCCUGUUGCCGUAUCUCGACAAACUGCAACACGGAAUGCGAUGCCACAAACUGCACCACGGAAUGCGAAGCCACAAACUGCACUACGAAAGGCUAUGUCACAAACUGCAACACGAAAGGCUAUGCUAAGUGGCGCUAUAGAAUGGUCAUGGCCACGAUGAAGCGCAUGAGCGUCGGGGAGACGCCUCCCAAGUGGGUAGACCUGGAUAACUUUUGC